UCUCAUCCACACGACACACUCCCUCUCGAUCGCAGGCCUCAGCCACUUCCCAAUGUCUCUCACAGGUAAUCGACUCCUCUGCAAAACCCCCACAAGAACAACGUACGCUCAACUCCCUCUACGCCGUCCAUUUCUCGUACCAUCUUCGCCAUCAUGGUCUUAUCACCCAAGAACAUCUUUUACAGUCUCGGCGAAUCCCAAGAAGCUUUCGUCAUCAUCAAAGACUGGAAGAUUUGACAGCAAGAACAGAAGAAGCUCAGUUUCAACUAAGGAGCAAGAAGAAGAAGUAGUAGAAAAGCAACGUAUGGAUGAGAUUUCUGUUAAUAAUAAUAGUGGUACUAUCGGAGCCGUUGAUGAUGGAUUUGUAAUGCCAGAGCUUCCUGGAGAAAAGCCUGACUUCUGGGAAGGUCCUCAGUGGGAUGUUUUUGGUUUCGUUCUGCAGUACUUGUGGGCUUUUGGUAUCGUUUUUGCGUUAAUUGCUUGUGGCAUUGCUGUGGCCACAUAUAAUGAAGGAGCAACAGAUUUCAAAGACACUCCAGUUUACAAAGAAUCUAUCCAAUCUCGGGAUCUUCUAGACGAACCAGACGCAUCUAAUUCAGAUGUUUUUGAAUCCAAUCCAACUGAACAGGCUCCUAGUUUGGACUAAUCUUCGGAUUUAUGGGCAAGUUUUGGAGCAAGAAAGAUUGCAGCUGCAGAUAUAAUUCCAUUUACGAGGUAUGAUGUCUUAGAUUUUUUAUCUUUCGUGGACAAGAUUAUGCAUUACAGAGGACAUGUAUAUGUAUGUGUUUACAGGUUCAGCUUCUGAUGCUUUUUUGUCGAGUCCUAUUUAAUCUAUCAUAACAAACGUAUCGAUAGUUGUGUAACUAUUGAUUAGCCAAAAUUUGUUGUU